AUGAGAUUACAGAAGGAACUCAACGGUGAGGAUCAAAACGCGCGUGUAGAGCUGCACAAGCUCGUUGAUGACGCUACGCCAUCGGUAAUGAUGGACAUUCGGGGAAUAUCGGACGUAGUAGACGAGGUAAUAGAACAUAUUUUUAGUUCCAUGGGCAAUGUGACAAACAGUGGAUAUAUGUUAACAUCAUUCCAUUUGGGUGAUGAGGCUAUGUGUGACGAUGAUACCUUGAAUUCUAUGGCCGACCUAUGUCAUCAAAUAGAACAAGUUAACGACAGAGAAAAGAUCCCGUUAUUGAUUGCUUACGAAGUACUACUGAAUGAUAUCUCCGAAGUGAAGAAAAGCGCGGUGAUUCAGAUUUUGAAAGAUAAAGUAGCAAUUGUAAAGAAGAAUCUGGAGCAGGAACUAUAUAAAUCAUUCAACAACAACAUCAAUGUGACACUGAAGACAUUCGCAGAAAUUAGGAUGCUUGGGAUGUCAACGGAUGAAGAGAUUGCCUCCGGUUUCAUAAAUAAUCGCAAAAAAUACAUUGCAGAACGUCUAAAUACCGUGCAGAUGUUGUUAAGUGAGAACAGACAAAGGUAA